AAAGCACUGAAGGGAACAGCGACAGGCUGUUAAAUUUGAACCUGGUCAGCCUGGCUGUGUUUAUUCAGGCCAGUCAAUCAGGCUUAAGUCUGAGAAAAACGUCCUGGAGAUAGCUGCAGGCUAAGUGUAUACUGGCUAAACUUUCCUUUUAUUUUAUGGAUUCAUGCCAUGAUCAGAUGAUUCUGAAGUUAUUCUAUAUUUCAUUCAGUUUUCUUACUCAAUAAAUAUACUGACUUUCACAUCGUCCACCUACCCCUACCAUCUCUCUUUCUCUCCACCUCCCUCUCUCUCUUUGAUGAUGGGGGUAUUUCUAUUCUGUGGGGGCUGUGAGCUCAGCGAGUUUGUUUCUGUGUCUAUAAUCCCCCCUCUCUGGGCGCCAGCAUAUAAAAGCUUCAAUGGGCCCGGCGCACUCUUGCACAGAGCACCAGUCUCAGCCCUGAGUCCUACUCCUUUACGCACACACACUGCCACAGUAAUCAUGUCUUCUGGGGGAGAUAAAUCCAAGUCUGCUUCUCAGACUGACGGGAAGGCGGCUCAGAACAAGAUGUCUGAGAUGGGCAUGAUGUCCUACAAGAUGCGCGUGUUUGACCAGGAGAACUUCCAGGGACGCUGCAUUGAGAUCACUGGGGAGUGUAUGAGUGUGUGUGACAUGGGAAUGGACAAGGUGCGCUCCCUGCGUGUCGACAGCGGCCCUUUCGUGGGCUUCGAGCAGAUGAACCUCUGCGGUGAGAUGUUCAUCCUGGAGAAGGGAGAGUAUCCCCGCUGGGACUCCUGGAGCAACUGCCAGAAAAACGACUAUCUGCUGUCCUUCAGACCUGUCCGCAUGGACCCAGAGAAGCACAAAAUCUGCCUGUACGAGGUCGGAGAGUUCAAGGGCCGCAAGAUGGAGAUCAUGGACGAUGAUGUCCCCAGCCUGUUCUCCUACGGUUUCACCGACAGGGUUGGCAGCAUCAUGGUCGGCUGUGGAACUUUUGUGGGCUACCAGUUCCCUGGUUACCGUGGCAGCCAGUACCUGCUGGAGAAGGGCGAAUUCAGACACUUCAAUGAGUUUGGCGCCCGCUGCCCCCAGAUGCAGUCCAUCAGGCGCAUCCGCGACAUGCAGUGGCACCCACACGGCUGCUACACCAUGUCCAGCAAGUGAAACCCGGAGAGGGCGAGGAAGAGAGGGAUUGGAGGAGAGACGCAGCAUAGAGAGAAAGGGGAAAGUGAAGAAGGGAGGGUCAAAAAGGAGAGGAGGAGGGAAAGAGUGUAAUACUCCUCCUCUGAAUAACCUCUGGGCCGUUAAGGGGCAGGAUUGAGGGAAUUCAUUUUCACAGGGUAUUUUUAGUUCUUUCAACAAUGUAAUCAAAGUAUAGAGGGAGAUAUUUACAUAGAUCACUAAACCAACUAUGCACCCUUUUUUUGCGCUCCCUCUCACAUCAUCUCUGUUCGUCAGCUUGCUUCUCCCCACUCUCCUCCCUCCUCCCCUCGCUUCCUCCCUCCCCCUCAAACUUCUCUUUCACAUCACGUCAGCCCCUAUCACUGCCUGACUGUCGGCAGGGAACCAGUUUGGAUUUGUGUCUGCUCUUGUGUAGAGGAGCUGAGACAGAAGAAAACCCACGACAAGAUAAGUGGUCACAGAUUGUCUGUGCUGAGACUCUCAAAACAUAUUAGCAUGAAAGCCAAAUAAAGCCUCUCACAUCCUG